AUCGGGUUGCCCGAGCAUUUCGGGGGCGGGGGGACCCGGAGGAAAGCUUCGCCCAGCGCCUCCGGGGCCGGCGAGCGCUGGGUUGGCUCUCCCACCGCCACCCGUCCGCCCCGUCGUGCCGGACUUUGCCCGCUCCUUGGCCCCGCCUCGUGAGAGCGGGUGGGGAGAGUCGCCAAGGGUCCUUCCCAAGUGGCCCCGGGCCCGAGGCUGCUGCGCUCUCGUGCGCCCCCCUGAGCGCCUCCGGAGCUGCUCUUUGUUCCCGUGCUGAUGCCGAGGCGAGGAAACUUUGUUUGUUUGUUUGUUUGCGCUCCUUGCCAGGCGGUCUGCCCCUCCCCCCCUUCGAUCCCUGAGAAGAUCUGGAUUGCAGAGGACUUCCAGGAGCCGACGGGAGCCCCUGCCCCACCCUGGCGCUCCAGGUCCGGCUUUCUGCCCCCUCCAGCCGCUCUCACCAGGGACUAGAAGACUGGCGCCUUCCUCCCCGUUGACUGAAGCCCAGCGCGGCUCUGCUCUCCUUCCCCCAGGGACCCGAGGCUCCGGACUGUGUUUGAACCGCAUGGACUAAGGAGCUGGAUCCCGCCCGAUCCCGCAGCGGCAGGUUGCUCUGCAAAGAUCAUGCAAAAAGAUCCCGACGCACUCAUCCACGCCCUGUCCCGGCAGCCGCUCAACGCGGAGCCUCUGGCUUGGCCUCGCCACCAGGGCGACGUCCAGGUGACGGUGCGGAGGCCCAGGUCUCGAGGUGGGGACUUAGCUGCUCCCAGAGCUGCGCUGAGGAAGACCUUGGUGGCUGUGGAUGUCGUGUGCCUGCUCGUGGCAUCCAUCCCGUUCUUCAUCUGCGAGGUUGGCCUCGUUUCCCCCAUGCGCCGCGGCUUCUUCUGCAACGACAGCAGCAUCAGGUACCCGCUGCAGCGUACUGAGACCGUCAGCGACUCUGUGCUCAUCUCCGUGGGAAUCCUCAUUGCCUGUCUGGUGAUCACCCUGGGCGAAAGCUGCCGUGUGUACAGCCGGCCCCACAGCUCACGCUCCAUAGUCUCCAACCGUUAUGUGGCUGCCCUCUACAAGGAGAUCGGAGCCUUUCUCUUUGGCUGCACCGUGGGCCAGUCACUAACCAACAUGGCCAAGGUUGCUGUGGGCCGCCUCCGCCCACAUUUCCUGGCUGCCUGCAGGCCUGACUUUGCUCACAUCAACUGCUCUGCUGGAUACCUGGAGGACUACAUCUGCACUGGUGGCCCCUCGGAGGAGAAAGAAGCGAGGAAGUCAUUCUACUCCGGCCAUGCCUCCUUUGCCAUGUAUACCAUGAUGUACCUGGUGUUUUACUUGCAGGCCCGCUUCACGUGGCGGGGAGCUCGACUGCUGCGUCCAUUGGUCCAGUUUGUGCUGCUGAUGCUAGCAUUGUACACAGGACUGACCCGCAUCUCUGACUAUCGGCACCAUCCAUCUGAUGUGGUGGUGGGGCUGCUACAGGGGGCACUUGUGGCUUGCUGGGUGGCCUUCCAUGUAUCCAGCAUGUUUCACUGCAAGCACCAGCCUCGCCACCUGCCGCCAGUUGCCUUGGACACUCCCAGUUCAGACUGCCACACCGAUUGCUAGGGCAUGUUCACUGGGGGGUCAGAGACGCACUCUGCCUGGCUGACUACAGGAGCCCUGAACUGUUGCGCCAGUUGCUUGGCAUUCAGUGCCACGCUGCCCGCAUAGGCGCCGGUCGGGGCAGCCACUGCCUUGCCACCUGCUAGGGGCCACUAGGGAGCUGUUGCUCACGGCCAUGCCAACAUCCACUGCUGCAGCAGCUGCUGGAAGCACCAAGAAGAGGGAAAGGGAGCAGUUUCCUC